UGAUGGUGUAUAAAUAAUCUCUUAUUUCUUCCACUCUUAUUUCAUUCAAACAUUUCAAUCCUCGAUACUGAGCCCCACUUGUCUUCUUCGUCAAGUCUGCACCAAUGUCAGACCUCCCAACCCGACAAAUCCCCGGCGACUACGGCCUCCCAUUUUUCGGGUCCAUCGGCGAUCGCCUCAAAUAUUACUACAGCCAAGGAGAAGUUGAAUUCUUCAAGACCCGCAUGCACAAGUAUGAAUCCACGGUUUUCCGUUGCAACAUGCCGCCGGGCCCGUUUAUGGCCCGAGAUCCUCGCGUCGUCUGCCUUCUUGACGCUGUUAGCUUCCAGACCCUUUUCGACAACUCGAAAGUCGAGAAGAGAGACGUGCUCGACGGCACUUUCAUGCCCUCCACCGCGUUCACCGGCGGCUACCGGGCCUGCGCUUAUUUGGAUCCUUCUGAACCCAACCACGCAAUUCUCAAAGGUUUUUUUCUGUCUUUUCUUGCCGGAAAGCAUAAGAUAAUUAUCCCGUUAUUCAGGCAGACGAUAUCCGGGCUUUUUUCGGGACUGGAAGAUGAGGUCUCCUCUAAAGGCAGUUCCAACUUCAACGACUUAAGUGACACCGCGUCCUUUGAGUUCGUUUUCCGUCUGUUGUGCGAUAAGAGCCCAUCAGAAGCUAAUAUAGGGUCCAAGGGCCCGAAAAUGGUGGAUAAGUGGCUUUUCUUGCAGCUCGCCCCGCUCAUGACUUUGGGCUUAAAGUUUGUUCCCAAGCUCUUGGAAGAUUUGCUGAUCCACACAUUCCCACUGCCUUUUCUCCUCGUAAAAUCUGAUUAUAAUAAGCUGUACGAAGCUUUUUAUAAGUCAGCAGGCCCGCUUUUGGAUGAAGCUGAAAGAAUCGGGUUGAAAAGAGACGAAGCCUGCCAUAACCUGGUGUUUCUAGCAGGGUUCAACGCUUACGGCGGAAUGAAACGACUGUUUCCAGCUCUGAUCAAGUGGGUCGGCGCUGCCGGAGAAGAUUUGCACCGCCGGCUUGCGGAUGAAAUCAGGGCCGCCGUCAAGAAAGGUGGGGUGACUCUAUCAGCCCUGGACGAGAUGAAUCUGACCAAGUCAGUUGUUUACGAGGCAUUGAGAAUUGAACCCCCAGUGCCUUAUCAAUACGCCAAAGCCAAGCAGGAUUUCACCAUCCAUAACCACGAAUCCUCGUUCUUGAUCAAGAAAGGGGAAAUGCUGUUUGGGUACCAGCCAAUCGCAACCAAAGAUCCCAAGGUUUUCGAGAAUCCCGAUGAAUUUAUAGCCGAUAGAUUUGUGGGGGAGGGAGAGAAGUUGAUCCAGUACGUGUAUUGGUCGAAUGGGAGAGAAACGGAUGGUCCGACGACGGAGAACAAGCAAUGCCCGGGGAAGGAGUUGGUGGUGCUGUUGUGCAGGUUACUGUUGGUGGAAUUUUUCCUCAACUACGAUACAUUUAAGGUUGAUACCUCGAACUUAGUGUUCGGAUCAGCCGUGCUGACGUUCAAGUCACUAACAAAAGCUACACAAAGCUCCUGAAUUAAUGCUACCAUUCAAUGUUAAUUGCAUUGUUUUUCCUUUUAUCCAAAUUAAAUUUGGAUCACUCAAAAUCCAUCCAACAUUAAAUUUAUCA